AAUGUUUUUCUGUACCCAUGGAUCUGCUGGGCUAUCUGGUCCGUCAGGAAUAAGAAGAUCUUCAAUAACCAGGAUGUCACACCUGCAGACACUAUAGAGAAAGCGAUCAGAGAAGCGCGGGAAUGGCAAAUGGCACAAGAUUGCAAAGAGCAACAAACCCAUCAGCAAAACCCAAAGCAGACAAUUAUCUGUUCUGAUGCGGCAUGGAAAGAAGAUGCAGAAAUCGCUGGACUAAGAUGGACAAUUACAAAUCGGGAUCUGGGAGUGCUCGAAAAUAAAUCUUCGUCGUGUCCCCAAACCGGAUUGCCUCUUCUCGCGGAAGCUAAGGCCCUCCUUGCUGGCCUC